AUGCUUGCAACUCUUGUUAUGACUGCGAGGUCCUGUUUCAAUCACUGGCGUCAGACGGACGCUCGACACCAAGUCAAACCUUUUUCCACCUUCUCUUCUAACAACGUAAAUAUUGAUUGAAACGCGGAGCAUUACCGAGCCACUUCAGGCUGCUUCACGUUGAAAGUCCUCCGCGGGACUUAAGGAAAUCCUUCGCCAUGUCACUUUGAGGGUUUCCGACGGAUUUUUUUUUUCGCUUUUACUUGCCGACAUUUGGAGAUAUAACUUUUCCUCUAUUAUAUCAAGACUAUUCAUAAACUAGACCAGCCUGUGACCUUCGCCGCUUUCUUCAACGGUACAUUAAGCGAAUACCAAAUAAUUUGCUUCAACUUUCAGGGUCCUUUCCAACUUUUUUUCCCUUUUUCUUUGAAUGCGUUGCAAAUAUGAUGAUGUCACCGACGCCACUUUUUCCUGAAGUUAUGGCGGAGCGCAACUUUUCUAACUUCUCUUGACCAUUGCGAGUAUUUGACUUAACUAAUGGAGCACCUCCAGGGAGCGUGGAAGACCCUGAGCAACGGCUUCGGAAUGAAGGACUCUUCGUUUGAGGGCCCGUGCCUCUCGCCAACCAUGGUCCAGGGUUUUCCCUGCCAGCGACGCUCCUCAGAUGACAGCAAGAUGCCAGACUCCAAGACGAGCAGCACUAUCCGUGUCUACCUCCCAAACCAGCAGCGCACUGUGGUAAAUGUGCGACCAGGUCUGACUCUGUACAGUUGCUUGAUAAAAGCAUUAAAGGUGCGAGGUCUGCAGCCUCAGUGCUGCGCUGUCUUCAGGCUGCAUCCAGGGCAGAGGAGUAAAAAGCUCCGGAUGGAUUGGAACACUGACUCCACCUCGCUUAUUGGAGAAGAGCUGCUGGUGGAGGUUUUGGAUCACGUUCCCUUGACAACACAUAAUUUUGUUCGGAAAACAUACCUGAAACUUGCAUUCUGUGAUAUUUGCCAGAAGUUUCUUUUGAACGGUUUCCGUUGCCAAACCUGCGGCUACAAGUUCCAUGAGCAUUGUAGCACCAAAGUACCCACGAUGUGUGUGGACUGGAGCAAUAUCCGACAACUUCUGCUGUGUCCAACACCUGGUGAGAGCUCCGGCCCGUCACUGCCCUCGCUGACGUCCCGUCGAAUGAGAGAGUCCUUAACUCGGUUUCCAAGCUCUGCCCACCGAUAUUCCACCCCUCAUGCCUUCAACUACACCACGCCCUACCCACCCACAGGCGGCGGUCUCUCCCAGAGGCAGCGCUCCACCUCCACGCCAAAUGUCCACAUGGUCAGCACCACCCUGCCUGUAGACAGCAGUAUGAUUGAGCUAGACUGCCUGAAUACCUUCCCCAGCUCGUGGUGCCAUAGAUUCUGGCUGAAGAGGAAAGUAGGUAUUGUGCACUUCCCCCAGUCUUAUGUUGAGGCCUCACCUGAGAGUCCAGAAAAGGAUGCGAUGCGUGAUCAUGACUCCGCUGGCAGUUCCCCUAACCAGAGCCCUACUGGCUGGUCCCAGUCUCAUUCUAAAGCCCCUGCACCUGCCCAGAGAGAGAGGGCCACAUCCUUCAACACUCAGGAGAAAAAUAAAAUCAGGCCUCGGGACAAGAGGGACUCGAGCUACUACUGGGAGAUCGAGGCCAGCGAGGUGUAUCUGAACUCCCGCAUCGGUUCAGGCUCCUUUGGAACUGUAUACAAAGGGAAAUGGCAUGGUGAUGUAGCAGUGAAGAUCUUAAAGGUGACUGACCCCACACCAGAGCAGCUACAGGCAUUCAGAAAUGAAGUGGCAGUCCUGAGAAAAACACGACACGUCAACAUCCUGUUGUUCAUGGGCUACAUGACGAAAGACAACCUGGCCAUUGUGACCCAGUGGUGUGAGGGCAGCAGUCUCUACAAACACAUUCAUGUUCUGGAGACUAACUUUAAGAUCAUCCAGCUCAUGGACAUUGCCAGGCAGACAGCUCAGGGCAUGGACUAUCUGCAUGCAAAGAACAUCAUUCAUCGAGACAUGAAGUCCAACAACAUCUUUUUGCAUGAAGGGCUAACCGUGAAAAUCGGUGACUUCGGUCUCGCUACGGUGAAGGCUAGAUGGAGCGGCUCCCUUCAGGUGGAGCAGCCGUCUGGAUCUAUUCUCUGGAUGGCUCCUGAAGUUAUCCGGAUGCAGGAUAACAAUCCCUACAGCUUCCAGUCCGAUGUCUAUUCCUAUGGAAUUGUUCUCUUUGAGCUCUUGACGGGAGAGCUCCCGUACUCCCACACAGCAAACAGAGACCAGAUUAUCUUCAUGGUGGGAAGAGGCUACUUGUCACCAGACCUCAGUAAGCUCUACAAGAACUGCCCCAAAGCCAUGAAAAGGUUGGUGGCCGACUGCAUCAAGAAGUCCAAGGAUGAAAGGCCGCUUUUCCCGCAGAUCUUGUCAUCCAUUGAGCUUCUUCAGCAUGCCCUCCCUAAGAUAAACCGCAGUGCCUCAGAACCGUCCCUGCACAGAGCCUCUCACACUGAGGAUAUCAAUGCCUGCACUCUGACCUCCACCAGACUGCCUGUUUUCUAGAGGCUCGGACUGCACUGCCCCUCCUCUUCUCCAUCUUUGAAUUAUCCAAAAUCGGCUGACUUCUCUACCUACAGAUGCCAGUUUAUACCUACAAUUGUACAAGCAAUCAUACAUAAACCCGUGCUAAUCAAUGAAAUAUGUAAAAAAAAAAAAAAAAAAAAAAAUGAGAGGAGGAGGUCCACCUGAGAUUUACAACGGAAGGGAGUGCAGGUUGGCAGGUGAUACCUCGAGCAGGUCCCUUGCUUAUCGCUGCAAUUAUAAAGAAGUUUGCAAAGGCUCCAUGGUGCCAAUGCAUUUGGUAAUGUAAAAUGCAUUCGGUUUUGUAAAUACAUGCACGCACACCUACCUAAUACAACAAUAAAUGAACACUGAAGGAAGUUAAAGAGAAAGACAGAUACUGUAUUUUUCUCUUGACUCUGGUUCUACGAUGUGAAGAACACCCUUCUAUGUUGCCGUCCUGGUUUCUGAUGAAGAGGACCUUUUGAAGCUUAAAUGCCUUAAGAGGAAACAAAGCCUGGACUUAGAUCCCGCACAAUUCACCUCCUCCUCAUCACAAACAGAGUUGUUGGAUGUAGUCCGUUUUGUUGCACAGUAAUGUUUUUUUGUUGUUGCAUUGUCUUAAAUGAUAAUGGAGUAGAUAUGGGAAAUUAUUGUCUUUUUGUUAUGUUGUUCUUUUAAUAGUCUUUAUUCUUUGGGUCAUUCUGCAGGAAUUCUAGCCGGUCAGACAGUGAGCAUGAGUGGUGAUUGGAAAAAACUGGAUUUGCACAGUUUAGCAAAAAGUUAUAUUCCAACGGUCUCCUCACAUUGGCUUCACUGCUCACUGCGCGAGUAAACGUAUCUGUAGAUUACCACACAUUCUCAUCUGUCCUCACUACGGGAAGAAGGUUGCCAGGAGCUGGAUAUUUGGUGGUUGUCUUAAAUAUUUAAAAUGAUUUGGAAACUAAUUUGUAUUUGUUUAUCAUGUCUCUUUCAGGAGGUUAAACGUUUUAUUGUGAACUUGGUGAGAGAGUUGUUUAUUCAAUAUUUUAAUAAAAUUAAGUUAAAUUCCUUUGCCAAAAAAA